CUAGAAAAAAAGAUCCGGUCUCUCUGUGUUUCCCUGUUUGUUGUUGAUCUUUGGUGAUCUGAUGUUGUUCUGAUGAUUUUGUUUAAGUUGGGAUCUCUUGAUUAUAUAAUUAAUGCAGAGGUUUUCAUAUCAUGAGCUGAGAAAUGGAGAGAAUCUUGCAUGUGUCCCACUAAUAAGAGAAAAAACUAGAGAGUACUAGUUACUCCAAUUAUGAUUAUCAUAAAUUGUUUAUAAAACAGAAUAGUUCCUUGUCAGUUGUCACAUUAAAAAUUUAAGGAAAACAAAAUAUAUUCAACAUAUAUUUUGGUAAGAAAUCAUAGUUUUAUAUUGAAGCUGAUUAAUGGUACAUAUAGUUGCAGCCGUCUUGUAGAAUCUAAUGACAUGUAUAAAAGAACAAGUUAACUGAAAAAACGGUGGUUGUUCCUUAAAUAUUCAUUAUUGAACAUAUUACUCAAAUUAUUCAUAUACAAAUGGAUUGAUUAUUGAUGGUUUUCCAUAUUCAAGACAAGAUGCCUAAUUGUGUGGUUAGAUCACAUGCUAUUCGAUUCCAUAAAGACAUUAUUACAAAAGAAAAAUAAAAACUAUAACAGAAAUGUACCACAAGGGAAGAUGAAUGCUGAAUAAACAAACGGAUUCCUUCACUUGCUUUUGCCUUCUUAGCACAUAGGAAAUAUUCAAGUUACCUGAACUCAUGGUUAAAGAGAGUUGUAUCAUUGUCACAGUCAUGACAUAAUCCAAAUUCAUAACUGUUUGUGUAUGUGGGAAUGGAAGAACAUACAAAUGUUACUAUCAACAUAUACAUAUCCCUACAUAUCUAAGUCACAUAAACAUUCAACCUCCAAAUCAUAUUAUUAUAGUCAAGUAACCAUCUUACAUCAUCAAUUCAUGAUUAUUCAUAAUCAUUGAUUACAAAUAAACAAAGUACCCUACUUGAAGAAAUGAUGGACCAUUCUGUUACCACUAAACCCAAUAAUCCUCCAAUUAAUUUAUUAUAAUCAGCAAUGAUUAUUUUAUGUUUUAAAUCUCAAGUCUACCACAGACACACAUUCAUAUAAAAGCAGACCUUUGAUGUGCAAUCAACCAUCAAAAAAAGAGAAGAGCUCAAGAAGAAGAAAGAAGAAGAAGAAAAUGGCCAAAGCAGUAGUAUCAGAGAAGAUGAAGCUAGUGGUGGCAUUGAUCACACUUCAGUUCUGUUUUGCAGGCUUUCACAUUGUCUCAAGAGUUGCUCUUAACAUUGGUGUCAGCAAAGUUGUCUACCCUGUUUAUAGGAAUCUUCUUGCCCUUCUCCUUAUUGGCCCCUUCGCUUACUUCCUUGAAAAAAAGGAAAGGCCUCCACUCACAAUCUCUUUACUAGCUCAGUUUUUCUUCUUGGCACUUAUUGGAAUCACAGCAAACCAAGGAUUUUAUCUAUUGGGACUGUACUAUGCAACUCCAACUUUUGCUUCAGCAAUGCAGAACUCUGUUCCUGCCAUCACUUUCAUAAUGGCUUGUGCCCUACGGUUGGAGCACAUAGACCUAGUGAGAAAACACGGUGUGGCUAAAGUAUUAGGAACCCUAGUGAGCAUCGGUGGAGCCACAGUGAUCACAUUGUACAGAGGGUUUCCUAUGUUUCACAAGGGCCUUAACUUGCAUGAGGAUGAAGAGACAGAAUCUAAGAACUCGCAGAACUGGACGCUGGGAUGGUUAUACCUUAUGGGGCAUUGUCUGUCAUGGGCUGGUUGGAUGGUUCUUCAAGCUCCUGUCCUAAAGAAGUACCCAGCAAAGCUCACUCUAACAUCGUUCACAUGUUUCUUUGGCCUGGUUCAGUUUCUGGUCAUUGCUUUGUUUGUUGAAACUGAUCUCAAUAACUGGAUCAUUGUCUCUUGGGAAGAGCUCUUCACCAUCCUUUAUGCGGGAAUAAUAGCGUCAGGGUUGGUGGUUUACCUUCAGACAUGGUGUAUCUACAAAGGCGGUCCUGUCUUUGUAGCAGUCUUCCAGCCUCUCCAGACACUUCUUGUUGCUGCAAUGGCGUUUCUUGUUCUUGGUGAUCAGUUAUACUCUGGAAGUGUUCUUGGUGCAGUCUUCAUAAUGCUGGGACUCUACUUAGUUCUUUGGGGCAAAAACCAAGAAAGAAGACAGAUGGUUGAAGAGACGAGUCAACAAGAUCCAGAGUCUCUAACCAAACAUCUACUUGAGGAACACUGAUUCUUGAAUUUUACACUUCUCUGUACAUACACACACAAGAACUUGGCCAAGACAGAUGCUCCUCAAGUUUGUCUUUACUCUUUUCAUUCAAUGAAUAUUGUAGUUGUUUACUUUUUGAGUUGUAAUCAAAAAUUGGGUUGCAACUAAUUUAUGAAUAAAAUGAAAAGAAGAUUAAAA